AUGGCCGCGACCGUGCAGAACUCAUGUGUGAGUGCAGGGAAAAAGCUGAAAAACUCCCUACAGAAGAAGAAAAAGAUAAAAAUGGCAGCCAAGGCUACAGCAUCUAAACUGGAAGAGGAAGAUAAAGAAACUGCUGAUCACGGAGAUUCUGUAGGAAGUUGUAGAUUUGAAGAGGAUCACUUUUCUCCUGAUGAUGAAGCAAUAGAUGCUGACAAUGAAGAAGAUGAUGAACCCUGUGACAAAGAAAAUGAAAAUGCUGCUGAAUCUGGUAUUGGGACAAAUACAGGCUGGGCAGAUGCCAUGGCUAAAAUUCUUAACAAAAAGACUCCUAAAAGCAAACCCAGCAUUCUGAUCAAAAACAAAGAGUUGGAAAAGGAGAAAGAAAGGCUAAAGCAAGAGAGACUAGAGAAAAGAAAACAGCUUGAUAAGAAGCGGGAGUGGGAAAUGAUGUGCAGAGUAAAGCCAGAUGCUGUCAAAGACAAAGAAACAGAGAGGAAUCUCCAGAGGAUUGCAACAAGAGGUGUGGUACAAUUAUUUAAUGCUGUUCAAAAACAUCAAAAGAAAAUUGACGAAAAAGUUAAAGAAGCUGGAAGUUCCAUGAGGAAGCGUGCUAAGUUGAUAUCAACUGUUUCUAAGAAAGAUUUCAUCGGUGUUCUUAGAGGAAUGGAUGGAAGUGCAAAUGAGAAAACUUCUGCUGGGAAGAACUCUAAAGCCAAACAGAAUGAAGAGAAAUCAGGAGAUAAUCCAGGCUGGAGUAUUCUUCGUGAUGAUUUCAUGAUGGGAGCAUCUAUGAAGGACUGGGACAAGGAGAGUGAUGGCUCAGAUGACGGCCAGCCACAGCCCGGAGCAGGAAGUGAAUCUGAUGAGUGA